CAAGGAAGGGUGGCUGUUAACUGCAUCUCCUAAACCCUACCCUCGCAUACGAACCGCCCUUUUUUUCUUCUAAGUGGCAAAUCCGUAAAUAAAUCAAAAUACCACAAUUCUACAAUGUGAAAAUCCUCAACUGAGUCUGACUAUGGUAAUGGGGAGCAGAAGCCGCCAAAGCAGCAGCAGCGGCAGCAGGCGGGUGAGGGCGUUCAAGCGAUGGAUGAAGCAGGAAGGGAUUGAAUGUAGCGACGCCCUCGAACUGCGGGACGACGGAGCUACCGCCGGAGGAAUGGGAAUCAGUGUCAGAGCCGUCGGCGACCUCAAGGAAGAGGACGUGGUGGCCAGAAUUCCAAAGCUGGCGUGCCUCACCAUCAGAACCACCGCCGCUGCUGCCGAACCUGAGGCUGCCGAGGCUUUGGAAAAUGAGGAGGAGUUGGUCGGGCUGGCGGUGGCUCUGAUGUACGAGAGGAGCCUGGGGGAGCGCUCCCGAUGGGCCCCGUACCUGGAGCUGUUGAGCGAAGAAGAGGCGGCGGCGUUGCCGUUGGUUUGGAGUGCCCAAGAGGUGGAGCAUCUGCUGCAAGGGACGGAGCUGGAGGCGGCGACGGUCAAGGCGGAGAGGUCUGAUAUGAGGAAGCAGUGGAAGGAGAGCGUUGAGCCCUUGCUGCUCAUGCUUCUUAAUUCCAAUUCCUCCAAUUCAUUCCAAUUCCAGGACUACUUAGUAGCAAGGACAUUCAUUUCUUCUCGGUCGUUUCAGAUUGAUGGUUACCAUGGAAUCGGAAUGGUUCCUUUGGCUGACCUGUUUAAUCACAAAACCGCAGCUGAGGAUGUCCACUUGAUGACCUCUCCUCAGAGUAGUCAAUCUGACUCUGACACCCCCCAGCAAACCACAGAAUCUGCUUCUGCUCCUUCUGAUGCUUCCUGCAAGGAGGACGAGGACGAGGACGAUGAUGAUUUGGAAAUGACUAUGGUGAAAGAUGUCAAACUUGGAGCUGAGUGCUUUGCUUUCCUUUUUCUUUUCGUUUCUUCUCAGGUCUUUAAUACAUACGGGCCAUUGGGUAACGCAGCACUGCUUCACAGAUACGGUUUUACAGAGCCUGAUAAUCCAUAUGACAUUGUCAAUAUCGACUUGGAACUCAUCCUCCGCUGGGGUUCCUCCUUCUCUGGCCAGCAUCGUAGAGCAAGGGUAUCCCUCUGGAAACGAUUUCAUUACUCUGGAUGUGUCACCCACGACUAUGAAUAUUUUGAGAUUUCAUUUCAUGGACAACCCCAAUUUGACAUGUUGGUUUUAUUGUACAUAAUGCUCUUACCCGACGAAGAAUAUUAUAAAUUGGAUCUUGCUAUUGCAACUGCUGGAGGAAGCUCCGAUGAACCUAUGCCUGUCGACAUCAUUUUUCCAGACAAAAGCCAACAAUUGCGCCACAAAGCUGAAAUGUUGACCGAGGAACUGUUGCUGACAAAAUCUCUUUGUAAUGCUCUUUCGUCCCUUGCAGAUAUGCGGGACAGCCUGUAUGGUGCAAAUUCAUUAGAAGACGAUAUCAGAGCAUUGGGCAGGUGUAGUUGCAUAAGUGAGAAAAAGUUGUACCAUUCUUUGGUGCUUCGUAUCAGUGAGAGGAAGAUCCUUCGGAAGCUUCAAAUAUAUGCUGCUAAUGCUAAAGAAGCCUCUUGGACGGACAAGUUGAAAAGAAAAUGAAUGUCUUGGCUUUCCUUUUCGCACUCCCUGUUUUCAUGCACUGGCUAAGAGUUCCUUGCCAAAGUGAAGGUAUGGAAGUCACAAUGCUGUCAUGUUGCCGUAAGAGUGAUUAUUUUUGCUGAAUUGGAGACCAUUAUGAAGCACUUGGGGCAGUACUUUCUCGUUUCCCCGCUAGAAAGCUCUAGCUGAAUUCAGUUUUGUGGCAUUUUUAUAAACCAUCCUUUUAAACUUGUCACAGAGAAUAGGACUUGGCAGAGCGUUGUUUCUUCUUCUUCUGUCCAAGUCCUCUCCGUUGAUUGUGGGUCUGUACAUGACUGUCAGUCAUCUACAAAUUUUGUAGUUACUACAGAUUGCUUUCACUUCUUAAUUAGAGCACUUAUUUUCCUGUGCA